UUUCUCGAUUGCCUUCCGUGCAGACAGGUCAAAUAUUUUGUUCUUGGUGAAAACGUGUUAUUUUGUUAGCGAUUCGUGAAAAUGAAGUCCAAAAGAAAACAUCAGUCGACUUCGGAAGAUUCAGAACUAUCGGAUGGUAGUGAACAAUCCAGUAGUUCGUCUGCAAGCGAUAGUGAAGAAUCCUCUGUAUCGGAGCAUCGGUACAAGAAAAAAAAGAAGCGUGCUGAUUCGUCGGAAUCCGAUAGCGACUCUGAUGAUCAAAAGCGUUCGAAGAAACGCAAGCACAAGAAAAAGAAGAAGAAACAUGGAAAAAAGAAGAAGCGUGCGAAUUCUGUUGAAGUCAGUGAUUCAGGCGAAGACGUAUCGUCAGUGAGUGAAGGAGAGAUUUCUCCGAAGAAAAAGCGCAAACAUAAAUACAAACACAGCAAACGCGCACGUAGCUCGUCGGGCAGUGAUAUAGAAGAAGUCCGUGUGGAACGACGUUUGCACAGUGUUGUGAAGGAACGUAGAGCACCCUCGGAAGACGGCAGUCAACCUCAACGCACAUAUUACCAGAAAGAGUACCGACAUUCACAAUCGGGUGAAGAUUAUGAGAGGGAACGUGAAGUGCAGCGCUUCUAUCGGGGCUCUAGUAAGGAGCGUAGACUUCAUUAUGAGGAACAAUUCGAGUAUGGACGGGAACGCAAUGACAGAUAUGCAUCAUAUCAUCAAGAAAAAUAUGAACAUAAGAAUAGGGAGAAAUAUGGCCAAAGCUCACAAUACCAUGAUCAAAAUGAAGAAUAUAAUCGAAGGCAACAAGAAUUUGAGGGCUAUAAAAGGCCACAAAGAUAUGAAGAUCACCGAAGCCAAGAUAACUAUCAUAGAAAACACAGAGAAGAAAACAACCAUCAUGCUAGAGGGGAGGACACUAGAGGUUAUAAUCGGUACAAUCAAUAUGAAGAAAGACUACAAAAGCGACGGGAAUAUGAUGAUGGCAGAGAAUUUAGAGAAAGACGUGGGCAACCUGAUCCGGAACACUACCGACAAAGAGAAUAUCAAGACAAGAGAGAAAAGUACCAAGAAUAUUCAGGAGAACGAGCGCGCGAGGAACCGAUGCGCCGAGACCGCCCACCACGACCAGAGAAAUCUCACCCACCGCAAGAAAGGGAGCGUUCCGGGUCUCGUAGCGCCGAGGGCCGCUUCCGGGACAAGCGACGGGAGGGCCGAGAGGAGCGCGCGCCGAGCCAGCGCUCCCGCGACGAGAGGAGAGAGCGCCCGAGAGAGGAGGAACGGGAACGAUCCGCGCCGAAACCAGACGCUAAGCAGAAGGAACGCAAAUCUAGGUUUGCUGAUAAUGAGGACAACAAAGAAUACAGUUGGGGCAAGACCGAUGCGAAGAAAGAAGGCGACAAAAAUUCCGGAGAGAAGGAGAAACCGAACUUCGGUCUUUCUGGCAAACUGACGGCCGACCAGAACACUGUCAACGGUGUGGUCAUUAAGUACACUCAGCCUGAAGACGCCAAACAGCCGAAGAGAAGAUGGAGGUUCUACCCGUUCAAGGGCGACAAAGCGCUGCCGAUCCUGUACAUCCACCGGCAGUCGGCGUUCCUGCUGGGCCGCGACAAGAAGGUGGCGGACAUCCCGCUGGAGCACCCGUCCGUCAGCAAGCAGCACGCCGCGCUGCAGUACCGCGCCACGCCCUUCACGCGCGCCGACGGCUCGCAGGGCCGCCGCGUGCGCCCCUACAUCAUCGACCUGGAUUCAGCAAACGGCACAUUCGUCAACAACAAGAAAAUCGAACCUCGCCGCUACGUGGAGUUGCUCGAACGUGACGUGGUCAAGUUUGGCUUCUCCCAGCGUGAAUACGUGCUCCUUCACGAGAACAGCAAAGACGACGCCCAGGAUGACGAUCACCACGACCCACCAGAAUUAGGCGCCGCUGUCACGACUACGGAGCAAAUAAAGCGGGACAAACGGGUCAAGGAAGAAGUAGCCGAGGACGGCGAGUGACCCGACGGACGGACGCCCCCGUAAGCCCCAUAUCAGAUUUAGUAAGCGCAAUACUAGAUUUACGGCAACUGUUCAAUCCGCGCUAGGAUCCCCUCCGCUUUGAGCGAUCGCGCUGUAGUGGAAUUUUACUAGUUAGUUGUAAUUGUGAACUUUAUUUAGCUGUUGGGAGAUUCAGCGAGACCUGUCUUGUGACUGAACACUGACACUUUGUAGUAUUAGUUAAUUAUAAAUUGAUCUAUUUUUCUUACUGCGAUUGUCGAUCGAUAUCUAGGUCUUGGGGUCUUUUUAAUUGAUCCCAAGUCUUUAGUAACUGCUACUUCCAAAGUGAGAAAUUAAUACAUCCAUUUAGUUACGAUUAUGUAUACAUACUAUAAGUAUGGCCUUUAUUUUAGUUAAAAUGUACCCUAAAUAGAAUCGAGAAGCAUGUUUGUUACUAACACAAUUAUUAUUAUGAACGGACAUAGAUGUGAUUUGUGAGCGAGUGUGUACAUAAAUAUUGCUUGCUA